AUGAGCAACCCACUGUUGAAAGUUCUUCAAAGUGAGCUGCGAUCUUUAUCCGUGGAGGCACAACAGAAGAAAUUUCCUGCUAUCAAGGAAGCUGCUGACCGUGGAGUGAGGCAACUACGGUCUAUUCAAGAGCGUCUGGAGGAGCAAUCAAUUACUUCGGAUCAGGUCGUACAUUCCAUCAAGGGAAGCAACGAGGAAAUUGUAAAGCCCUUUCUAAUUGCAUGUGAAAGUAAGAACACCAAACUCAUCGUCAUUGCUCUUUCGUCUCUCCAUCAGAUACUUCUUCAUAAUGCCGUGCCAGAGGCCGGAUUAAAUAUAAUUGUGGAAACGGUAUCACGUCUCGGUCAUCAAUCAAGUACAGAAGAAUCUGUCUUACUGAAAAUCUUGCAGCUAGUUUUGGCAAUUUUUACUGCUCGAGGAGGAUAUGAAAUAAGUCAAGCCACUUUGUCCAAGUUGCUAAAAUUAUGUUACUUAUUGAAUGGAUCGAAAAGUCUCAAUGUUGACAUGACAGCAAAAGCAACGAUAAGACAAGCAACAAGCGCAAUAUUUGAAUUUCUUCGACCCAAAACAGAAGAAAACAAUGUUAACGACGAGAAAAUAGAUGAGGAAUCAAAUUCAUUCAAAAAUGCUAUUCUUUAUUUCAAGGAUUUGUGUUCAAUGAUGGAAGGAGAAUCAGGACAAUGGUUAGGCAUAUCAGGAGUUGACAAUAAUUUCACUUUAGAGCUACUGGAUUCAAUAAUAGCAAAUUAUGGCAAACUAUUUCGAAAUAUUACCCAAUUUAAACAAAUGAUUGAACAAUUAAUUUGUCCUUACAUUUCUAACAAUUUGAGUAAUAUUUUAUCGGGAUCUAGUUCUAUGACAUUUUCACACUCCUUGCGAGUUUACAAAAUCACUUGUUCCAUUUUACACUCACUCGGAACAGUUUUACCGUUUGAUAGCUUUUUGAUGACAAUAUGCCAUCAUUUAAAAGACACUAUAGAGAAACCAGGUAAUAACGGUUGCAACAAACUCCUGGCGUUAGAAGUUGUAAAAACAAUUUUCUAUGACUACGAUCUCCUUUUGUACAUUCACCGACAUAUUUCCUCUACAAUCAACAUUAUUACUUCUGAAAACCAUAUCAUUGCAAAACUUGCAAGCUCAGUAACUCUAUACGUCCAACAUUUACUAAAUUAUAACGCAAAUGCUACGCCAGGUACUCCACAAGACUUGAUUAGCGCUGAAAGAUCACCUUCUCAAAACAAUCCUGGAAUUAGUAGCUUGUCUGCUAAAUUAUCUCUUGACCUUAAUCAAAAACAUACAAUGCGAUUGGAUACACUACUCGAUAAAACAAGCUAUAUUCCAACUUUAUCAGAGAGUGUAGGUGUAUGCCUAGAAUGCAUUUCUGGCCUUAUUAUUUCAUUGAGUACUAUGGCAGGAAUACAGAAAUUAUCGGGAGUUACGAAAAGAAAUGAAACCGAAGAAAAUGGAGAUGAGGAACAUGAACUAAUAGAAAAUAGAGCAAUUUGCUCAGCAUUUGUGGACAUUGUAUGGGCUCCCACUUUAACUACUCUCUUUAUUUUACUUGAAGUGUGUGAUGGUGACGAAAAUAUUCAGUCAAUUUUGAGAAAUUACUUACUAUUUACGCAUACCUGCGGAGUGACUGGACUUUCCGCUCCGAGAGACGCUUUUUUAACCAAUCUUUGCAAAUUUACUCCAAAAAUCAAACUGUCAAAGCGAACAUAUUCCAGUUCAAACUUCUCCAACACCAGCGAUCUUUUCUAUACCAUACCUGAAGUGAACACCAACAGUGCAAGCAGCUCAGAUUCGAAUAUCAUCAAAAUGGAUGAGCUCAAUAGAAAAUCAGUUCUGGUGAUGAAAAUUUUAUUCAACAUCGCGCACUGUUUAGGAGGAUUAUUAGGUAGCAGUUGGUACUUGCUUUUGAAAAACUUCCUAGUGAUUGACAAGCUGUUAACACAAAGAUUACCAUUUACCUCUGCUUCUGAAACUGAACAAGAAGAUUUGAAUAUUUUAUUUGCGGCACUACAAAAUUUAUUUAUGAGCACUUCUCAUUUAAGCGAUGAUUCGUUGUUGGUCAUGCUGAAAGCGCUUUGCAGAUUAUCUAAAGAUACAGUCAAUAAUCAAUUACUGGGAGAUAAUAGCAAACUUUUUGCCGCACAAAAAAUUGUAGAAACAAUUCAGGUUAACAUCAAUAGAGUAGAAAAAACAUGGCAAGUGUUUUCUCCGCACAUAUUAUGGCUAAUAGAGAAUGAGGACGAGCAAGUUCGUAAAUUUGCUGUGUCUAGUGUCUCCGAAGUUAUAAUAUCGAUGUAUCGACCAGAGUAUAACAAGUUCAGUUCUAGGUUUGGAAACAAAGAUGGAGAAUUAGAGACUCCAAAUAUUGUCUCACCAGACCUUGAAAGAGUUGCUUUUACUAUAUUUAUGGACAUUUUCCAGUCAUCAUCAGAUUUUAUGGAUACAAGAGAAUAUCUUUUAAACACUCUCAACAGCAUUUUACAAAAAUGUGGAUACAAGUUUUCUACCGCAUGGACCGUGUUACUUCCUUUAUUGAAAGAAUGUGCAGCAAUGCCAACCUCCAAAAAGAAGUCAGCUCCAAACUCAAACAUCAACAGAGCUAAACUUAUACCUUUCGGUUUUAAAUGUGUCCAAACAAUUGGUACCAAAGAUUUGCUGCCGACUUUAGGGUUUGAGUGCCUUACUGAAUUCUUUACAGUUGUUAGUGCGUAUGUGAAGCAAAGAGAUGCCUCAGACUUGAAUCUCAGUUUCGUAGCAAUUCAUUUAUUUAUGAGCAGCGCAGAGUUUUUAACAGAAAGAUAUCCAAAGGUUAAAAACGAAGACACUUAUCAAGAUGACAAGGAAGCUGGUGAAAAUGAAGGAGACAUGAGUCGUGUAGACGAAUUAUGGCUCACUCUGUAUGAACAGUUAAGAGAUUCAACGAUUGACAGUCGGCCAGAUGUUCGUCAUUCCGCUCUUAAAACCCUUACAUUUGUGAUUGUUUCUCAUGGAAAUCAGCUCACUAAAAAGACAUGGGAGAAAUGUAUCUCGGACAUAAUUCUCAAAGUUUUAGAUCUGACCCAUGAGGCUGCGACAUCCGCCGAGACAAAUUUAGAGGAACCAGAGUUACCAACAGCAGGAAAAGACAAUGCAUCAAGUCCUCUAGACUUGGGAGUGGAGGAUCCAAAAAAGAAGAAAAAGCAAAUCGUUGUACACCAUAGCAGAAAUACUGCAGCAAAGCAAUGGAGCGAAACAAGAUCUUUAGUGAUCGAUUUUUUAUCACGUGUUGUUUCUGAGCAUGGAAACAAUAUUCUGAGUUCAAUACCUCUUUUUGUCAAUAAGGCAUGCAACGAAAUUACUCUAUUUAUUCACAAAUCCGUUCUAUCAAAAACUUCGGAAAUUGCAAUGACCGCAGUUAAAAAUCUUUAUGACAUGAUUAGUUCAACAAGAGGAGAAAUUAAGAAAUCUCUUUGGAAGGGGGCUUGGGAAGUAUGGCAUACACUCGCUGAUUUUUCUAAAUAUGUUACCUCAACAGAGAAGAAGGAAUCAUUCGUUAAUGUCGAUACUAUUACUUCCCUUCUUGAAGGAAUUGGAAAGCUCUACGAUCAAGAAAAGCAGCUCAAGCAACAAAGAACCGAUGAUGGAGAUUUGGACGAAUUUAUUUUCACUCAAGAAGAUAUUGGCAAGGUCAUUGAUUAUCUGAUUGAUCCAUUCCUUACUUGCCAAGCAGCUGUGAAUGUACUAAUCUUCCCAUCUCAUGUUCAAAGAGCAUGUAUGGAAUUAGUUCACAAAAUUGCUGACUUUUCCGAUCAAACAAGAGAACACAUUUUCAAGAUUCUUCGUAAUCAUCUUCCAUCAAAAGAGGACAUUCGAAAGGGUCAAAUUGAGACUCCCGUUAAGUUUGCAAUUUUACUUCAGAAGGUGAUCAUUGAAGUGUGUUGCUUGAAUGCUCCAGUUACUGUAAAGCGUUUGACUUUCCAUCCAAUCAUUCAACUGUUAGGAGACAUGAUGCAAACCAAGUUUGUUAAACAGUUGAAAAAUCACAAGAGUUAUUACUUGUGGAAGUCUUCCGUUAAAUAUUUCGAAAAAGUAAUCAAAUCAUGUAUGGAUGAAACACAAAGCAAUUUUACCAUUGAUAUUGAUGAAGAAACCUGGAAUGAUGUCUGUCAAGCCAUUGAAUCUUUCCUGUUCCAUGAGAACUAUUUGAAGACUAACGAUGACGACGAUGAUGAUGAUGAGGCGUAUGACAGUGAGGAAGAUCAGGAAGAGCAGGUUGACGAGAGCAUUCUACUCACUAAUUUGAUUUCUAACUUUAUUCUGGUAAACAUCGAUAGCAACGCCUCUAGCUCUGUAAAACGAAGAUUUUUAAUGAUACUGGAAAAGGCAACACAUUUAACUCCAAAGCCUGUCGCCAAACAUUCCAUGAAAACAUUGUUCUCGUUUGUCUCAAAAGCAACCGAAAGAUUAGAACAAGUUCAAUCAAAAGAAGAAGAUCUUGGAAAGAAGGAAAAACUUGAGGUGGAUUUAGGAAAGAUAGUGUUACCAAUUUUGUUUAAGAGAUGUAAAUCUAUUCUGACACAAUUCAUUCAGGACGACAAGAGGAGUGGAAACUGUCCUCUUCCUAAACCAAGAAGACAAGAGGUUUAUAACACUCUCAUCGAGUUGAAAGCCAUUCGAGUGAAUCCACUUCUCUAUUGCGAACUUAACAAGUUGUCCGAUUCCACACAUCAAACUCCAGCUCUUAAUGGAUAUCAAGGACUCGUUGUAAGAUUAUUCCCUGUUUUGUGUGAGUUCAUUUCUUACCAUGGAAACAGUGAAGCCAUAUCAACUGUUUUGUUAGACAUGUUUAAGAUUGUAAGCAAAGAGUUGGGUAUUAACGAGGCCCAUGUCCUGGCAGAUGAAUAA